CUGCCUUUUUCUCGCAUAAAAGGGGCUGGUUAAAGCCUUAGAGCUCCAGAUCGCACCUCAAAGCCUCCAACCAGCUCCAGCACUCCAGACACCAGCCGCACUCCAACCCAGCACUAUGGCCUCAGCCACCAGCCCGCUUCUCCGUGCAGCACUGCUGCUGCUGCUGCUGCUGCUGGCCACCAGCCCUCAGGCCACAGGGGCUCCGGUCGCCAGCGAGCUGCGCUGUCAGUGCCUGCAGACUGUGGCAGGGAUUCACCUCAAGAACAUCCAGAGCUUGAAAGUGACGCCCCCAGGACCCCACUGCACCCAAACCGAAGUCAUAGCCACUCUCAAGAAUGGUCGGGAAGCUUGCCUUGACCCGGAAGCCCCCAUGGUUCGGAAGGUUGUCCAAAAGAUGCUAAAGAAGGGCAUCUCCAAGUGACUGAAAAAGAAGUAAGAUUGCUCUGAUGGCGACCAUCUGGUGAAUGCUGGCGUCUGACAACACUAGCUCAACACAUUUUACAAUUUCUUGUGAGGGUCGUAUUUAUUUAUGUAUUUAUUUAUUUCACAAAGCAUGUGCUUUUUUUUCUUAAAUUAAUAUUUAACGAUGUGGAUGUGUUUCAUCAAUGGUAGUUGAGUUCUGACUGUUCAGUUUAAAGAUGGUAGAUUUAAAAUAGCUCAUUAAACUAAUAUUUAUUGGGAGACCAUUGUCAAUUACCGUGAUAGAAGGGCGUGGGGUGGGAAAGGCGAGCUGAGAGCUGAGAGUAUAUGAUCAUGUUUUGUGUUAGGGUAAGGAAAUGUA